GUGAAACAAGUCAGCUAGAAUCACCAUCCUCCAGACUAUGGCAAUAGCAGCAGCAGAACUUAAACAAUCUGCUAAUUUCUUCCGGCAAGCUUCGCGCGUCAGCAUACCUGGCCGAUCGUCUCUGGCUGCGAUUUCACAAGGAAAGCUACAGAAAGAAUCUCUCUCUCGUACCCCCGAUCUCCGUCGCUGUCUGGGCCACCACGGUGUCUACCGCAACAAAGCUCCUACUAUUCCGAGCAACGCAACAAAGCCUAAAUCCACUGUUCCUCCUCAUCCUCCUAUCCGAUCCCAAAUUACGCAAGCCAUCAAAGCCAUAACCCAACGCCGACAUGUCACUGCAUUUAUCAAGCCCGAGAACGAUCUGAUCCGGGUACCAGCACAUGCCUCGCCCCGGAAGAGCAACAUGACCGGUAAUCUGCAGUGCAGAGUCAAAUUACUCUUCAGCCGGAAAUCUUUGCCUGGGGAGCAGUCUCUGUGGCAGGAGGCCGCGAGUUGAUGCUCUCACGUCAAGAUUAUUUUAUCAUGCAUCAUUAUCAUCGACUACCCUUAUUUAUUCUUUCUUCGAUUGCAGGGACAAUCACAUCAUCUUACUUCUUCCAUCCGGGAUGGAAC